CAGGGAAGCGCAGACAUGAACGCCGCUCCUCCUGCAGGAAGUGCUCUGGCGACACCCGCCAGCACCGCUGGACCCACCACACCCAAGAAAGGGCCGCCCAAAUUCAAGCAGAGACAGACACGCACCUUCAAGAGCAAGGCCCCCAAACCAGGACAGAAAGGAUUCGGUGAUGAUAUUCCUGGUAUGGAGGGUCUUGGCACAGAUAUCACUGUGGUGUGCCCAUGGGAGGCGUUCGGAGACAUGGAGCUCAGCGAUCUGGCCAAAUAUGGCAUUAUCUAAAACCCGCCUCCUCAACAUCACCACCUUCAGCCCCACCCCUCCCAUCCAGUGGACCCACCCCUUUUGCUCAAUGUUGUCGUGUGCUUAUGAUGUGUGAUGAUAAAGGACUGAUUCAACACAUGGACACUGUCAUUAUUGAUAUGAUUGUUAUUGUUAUUAUUAUUAUAUAAUAUUUCAUAUUUUGUUUAUGUUGCAAUAAGACGACAACUUAUCCCCUCCCACACCCCAGCUGUCAAUAAACAUCCUGAAAAAUAGUCAUCAGGGUUAAGACAUGCCUAUAGCUGCAACUCCACCCUUAACUCUGAUAUACUACAGAAGGCGUGUUUCCUGAUGACAUCACUUCCUCUGCCUCAUAGAACCUGUCCCAUAAACACAUUUAUAUUAUUAAAUGUGUCAUGUGUGAUUACCGGAGUAGAAAUCCAAUUAAACUUUCUAUUUUCACUUACUCUGUUGGCCUUAUUGCAGUAGAAUAGCAGUAGAAAGCAAAUUUUAUAAUACAACAAGGAAUAUCAUUAAACACCAUUAUGAAAAACACAUUAACAUACUGAUUCAUGUCAAGAAUGACUGUGUGUGUGUGAGAGAGAGAGAGAGAGAGAGAGAGAGAGGCUGUUCACACACACGUAAUAUAAAUUCAGGAAGAGUAGAAACAAAUCUGUUGACUUCAUCAUCCGCGUGUCACUCUGCUCCACCCAUCCACCUACACCUGAGACAGGGACAGAUGACACACAGACAGACGCUGCGAGGGUCUGUGAUGGACGGAGCCACAGGCUACAGAUCACUCUGAGCAUUAGAGAAAGAAGAGAAAAAUCACUUCAACAUCCUCAUCCUCCACCAUCCCACCUGUGGUCCUUGAUUAGAUCCAUCAUCAUGGAGCUUCUGGUCCGGGUUCAGAGGUCGAACGGCUCCCGGCCUGCAGGCUGCGGCUCUGCUCUGGCUCAAGAGUACUGGCCGCUGUGUGACACGUGGGGGAUCGUGGUCCAGGCCGCGGCCGGACUGGGUUUGGUCAGCUGCGCGGUGCUGAUGCUGGUUCUGCUGCUAUGGUCAGCGUGUGUGUCCCGCCGUCGGUCCAGUGCACUGGCGGCGCUGCUGCUCUUCCUGUUGGCCACAGCGGGCAUAUUUGCCCUUCCCUACUCCUUCCUCAUCGCUCUGUCAGCACAGACGUGUCCGGUGCGGGUGUUUGUGUUCGGCGUGUUGUUCAGCAUGGCAUUCGGUGCUCUGCUGGCGCGUGGUCUGGCUCUGCUGGGGGUGGCGCUGGCACGCGGCUGGAGAGAGGUGGGUGUGGCCGUGGCGCUCGCACUGGUACAGGUGAUCGUAGCCACGGAGUGGCUACUGGUGGUGCUGGUGCAGGAUAAGAGGACGUGCCAGUUUUCACAGCCAGAGUUUGCCAUGCUGCAGAUUUACGUGAUGGUCCUGUUAGCCGCGGCGCUGGUGACGGCGCUGUGUUUCCUCCGGUACACCUGGGUCACCUACACCUACAGUGACAGCGGACAGAUGCAUCGGCAAAACAAAGUGCAGGCGGCACUGCUGGUCCUGACGCUGCUGCUGAGUGUCUGCAUGUGGCUCGUCUGGAUCACGCUCCUCACAUACGGGAACCACGCCAUGGGCCACAGCCCGCUCUGGGACGACCCCGUGAUCAGCGUGGCUCUGACCGCUAACGGCUGGGUGCUGCUGCUGGGACAUGGUUUCACUCAGGUCCACUUCAUGUGCAAGCGCAAUGCUCGUACCAAAGACCCGCCACUGGACUUCACGGGCUGGACGAGCCCCAGAGCACAGCCAGCGGCUCCACUGGACCUGAAGACCGGCACCGACAACGAGGGCUUCCAGAUGGACGCGGACGCGAGGAGAGGUAAAGAUGUGGCGUGGUCUGGAAUCUUCAUGAGAGAACUCAGUGCAGAGAAAGAUUACAGCAUCCCUCGACCCACGACCACCAACAUCAACGAGCCAUACGAAGAAUACUAUGAGCACAGAGUUUGACCACACACACACACACACACACACACACACACACACACACACACACUCCCUUACACACACACACACUCACUCAUAGUC